AUGCGAACAAACUUCAAUGAUUCAGAAGGAAGAGCUGGUAAAAUUAUUAAUGGAACUUAUGACUGCUGCAAAGCUGAAAUUGGAAUCAAUAUUUUGAUGUCAGAAGAUGAAAUUGAACAAAUACCAGGGGAUACAGGUGAAGAUUGCAUUCUAAGGAGUUGUGUCAUUACUUGUACAGAUAUUCAUGAUGACAAUUUGAUUCCACUUAUCUCAAGUGUUUCAAUAGAAGAAAGUGACUGCAGCGAAAUCGAUUUAAAACUAAUACGGUGUAAAUUUCACGAUGGAAAAAUUAAAGAAAAAUGGCUGUCAGAAAGUCAUUUACCAGUGGAGAAUCUUGAAAUUAUUGAGUCUAAUAUUCAAGAUAUUUUACCAUACGCUUUCGACUCGGAUGUGUUUAAAAACACGCGAAGUCUUUCCAUUAACAAUGAAAUGAAUGAAACCAGCGAGUCAACUUUAAUUUUGUAUAAUGCAAACAUUUUUGAAGGAUUGUCAUCUUUGACUUCUUUGACCAUUCAGAACGUUCCAAGUAUUAAUAUUGCUGAUAAAUAUCUGCUUGAAAUGUUAACUGAAACAUUGUCAACCCUGACUAUAAGAAGAAUUCCAAAUUAUUGGGCUCCAACACAAUUAUUCUCUAUUGUUGAAUUAAAUGCAAUAUCUACAGUGGAUUUACGAAACAAUAAUUUCCCAACCAUCAACAGUUCAUCUUUUGCGGGAAUUAAAAAGAAAACUACUGAUUUAAAUCUGUCAAAUUCCAAGAUUGAAUCAAUCACUUUUGACGCUUGUAAUGGUUUCGAAAAGUUAUCAAAACUUCAAUUAAAUUCAAAUCGAUUAACAUCUAUAGCUCCUGGGACUUUUGAUAACUUAUUAAAGAACCCAGGAUUUACUGUGACAUUACAAAACAAUCUUUGGCAUUGUGAUUGUCAACUGCGAGAUCUACAAGAAAAGAUGUUGGAGUUUCCGAAUGCUUUUACAGAUAGCCCUAAAUGUUCAACACCGGAAGAUUUGAACGGUUAUGAGAUCACAUCAGUAGAUUUAUGUCCUCAAACAACAGAUUAUCAAGAAUAUUCACCAUCAGGAGCGACCAAAGAUUGCAGUAACCCAGGUCUUCAGAACACAAAGCAUUGCACAACAACUACCAUAGUGACGACAGAUUCAACAACGGUUCCAACUUCUCCAGCAACUACAACUGAGAGCACGUCAACUCCAACAACUUCAUCCACAUCAACUCCAACUAUAACUGAGAGCACAUCAACUCCAACUAUAACUGAGAGCACAUCAACUCCAACAACUACAACCCCAGAAGCAACGAGUAAUACGACACCAAAUACAACUAUAAUGGCUACAACCCCGCAUAAACAGACAACAUAUUCUCAAAGUACAAAUAUCCCUUAUAGUUUCCAGGUUCACUGUUCCCCUUCCAUUACACCACUAUUAAAAGCUUCAGUUAUCCAAUAUGCAGCUUCGAAUAGGAAUCACUAUGAUAACUAUGAUACGCUGACUCUUAUGAGACCUACAGAAAUUUUUCAUUUUGAAAUGAGAUCAGAAACCGAAGUUCAAGUAAUAUUUGCGAGUAACAACCCACCAUCAUAUUUAAUUUAUUAUCCAAGCCUACUCGACAUAUCAGCUCUCUCCAACGAUGAAAUCCAGGAAUUUAUAAGCUGUCAAAUUAUAGUGUCACAAAAAAUUACAGUGAAUCAACUAGACCUAUCGACAAUGUAUACAUUUUGUGCAUUUCGCGAAACAAUUGGAAUAUUAAAUAAUCUUUUCGGAUGUAAAUCUUAUCAGACGUCCACGCCUUAUAACCGUCAAACAUGGCUUUAUCAAGAACAGAAAGUAAUUAUUUUAACAUCAUUUAUGAUGCUUCUUCUGUUAAGUCUUGUUGUUGGUAUCAUCAUGACAUUCUUCUUGCUUCGUCGUAUGCCAACACUGUUAAGAGGAAGCAAGAGAGUCGUUAUAGUUAAUAACCGUACGAAGGAUGUGAUGAUUUUACCGAGUGGUUCACGCAGUAAUUCAUGGCAAAGGGAAUCAGUGACACCAGUGAAAACUGAAGCUGAACCUCCAACUUACUUGACACCACUUCCAAGGAAAUCACAUGAGAACAAACCUCCAUUCAUGAGAAGUUCAUCAGAUUCCAGCUUGAGAAGUGCUUUAAGCUAUGUCAGUGUCACACGUGCACCACCAAGAUUUUCGCAGGUUUUUCAAGCUUCUGACUUUCAACAAGAAUUGCCACGACGUUGUGGAAGUUUUCCCCAUUGCCAUGGAGCGCCUUCAUGUCAUUCACCUGAACUCAUUCCACCACCUUUGCCUCGUCGCUCCAUCGCAUCUUCUACUGCAUCAACGGUUGAAAUUGGAAAACGUAACAACAAUUCAAUUUACAGAAGACAGCCAAGUCGUAUUGAAGACGAAACCGAAAACCAUUAUAACUUUAUCAUAUAA